CGGCGGCGACGGCGGGCGCGGCGAGCGCGGGCCUGUGAAGCGGCGGCCGGGCGCGCGGCCCCGGCGGGCACCUCUCAGAGGGCGGCCGAGGAAGCUCCGGGAGGAGGAGGAGAAACCGGAGGAGGCGGUGGGAGGCGGCGGCUGCCGGGGGACCCGCUCCGCGCCUCGGCCUCUCCGCCCCCUCCCCAGUCUUUCUCUUGCUCUCUUCUCUUACACUCCGGGCCGGCGCCUCGGCUUUGUGCGAGGAGAUGGUGUAGCCCUCUGGCCGCCGAAGCAGGAGCCGGACACUGUCUCCCGUCUCCGAGCUGCGUCCCCGCCCCUGGAGGAGAGACCCUCUUGGCUCGGCGUCCCCCGGCUGCUGGGGAAGCCUCCGCGCCGCCGGCACCAUGAGUGAACAGAGUAUCUGUCAGGCAAGAGCUGCUGUGAUGGUUUAUGAUGAUGCCAAUAAGAAAUGGGUGCCAGCUGGUGGCUCAACUGGGUUCAGCAGAGUUCAUAUAUAUCACCAUACAGGCAACAAUACAUUCAGAGUGGUGGGCAGGAAGAUUCAGGACCAUCAGGUUGUGAUAAAUUGUGCCAUUCCUAAAGGGUUGAAGUACAAUCAGGCUACACAAACCUUCCACCAAUGGCGAGAUGCCAGGCAGGUGUAUGGUCUCAACUUUGGCAGCAAAGAGGAUGCCAAUGUCUUCGCAAGUGCCAUGAUGCAUGCCUUAGAAGUGUUAAAUUCACAGGAAGCAGCCCAGAGCAAGGUUACUGCUACCCAGGACAGCACUAAUUUGCGAUGUAUUUUCUGUGGGCCAACAUUGCCUAGACAAAAUUCACAACUACCUGCUCAAGUUCAAAAUGGUCCAUCCCAAGAAGAAUUGGAAAUUCAGAGAAGGCAACUGCAAGAACAGCAACGACAGAAGGAGAUGGAAAGGGAAAGGCUGGAGAGAGAAAGAAUGGAAAGGGAAAGGUUGGAGAGAGAGAGGCUGGAGAGGGAACGGCUGGAACAAGAGCAGCUGGAAAGAGAAAGACAAGAACGAGACCGGCAGGAGCGCCUGGAGCGGGAGAGGCUAGAGCGCCUGGAGCGGGAGAGGCAAGAAAGGGAGCGACAGGAGCAGCUGGAAAGGGAACAGUUGGAAUGGGAAAGAGAACGCAGAGUAUCGAAUGCUGCUCCAUCUUCAGACAGCUCCCUGUAUAACGCUCCACUUCCUGAGUAUUCCAGUUGCCAGCCUCCUUCAGCACCUCCUCCAUCAUAUGCUAAAGUCAUCUCAGCUCCAGUGUCAGAUGCCACUCCUGAUUACGCUGUAGUGACUGCUUUGCCACCUACUUCCACACCCCCUACACCACCAAUGCGACACUCAGCGACACGUUUUGCAACAUCUUUAGGUUCAGCCUUCCACCCAGUUCUUCCCCAUUAUGCUACAGUUCCUCGUCCUCUGAACAAAAACUCUCGACCUUCUUCUCCUGUGAACACACCCUCUUCUCAGUCUCCAGCUGCGAAGCCUUGUGCCUGGUCUACUUCCAAUUUCUCGCCCCUCCCUCCAUCUCCUCCAAUAAUGAUUAGCAGUCCCCCCGGCAAAGCUACUGGCCCAAGACCUGUCCUCCCCGUUUGUGUUUCUUCUCCUGUGCCCCAAAUGCCUCCAUCACCGACAGCACCCAAUGGGCUGCUGGACUCAGUAGCAUACCCAGUGUCUCCACCGCCUACCUCAGGGCCAGCAGCGCCGCCACCGCCGCCGCCUCCACUGCCUUCCCUCGCAUCACUCUCACACUGUGGAUCUCAAGCUUCUCCUCCUCCAAGCACCCCUAUUGCCUCAACUCCCUCAUCCAAGCCCAGUGUUCUCCCUUCUCCCUCUGCAGCUGCCCCUGCCUCUGUGGAGACUCCUCUAAACUCUGUGCUGGGAGACUCCUCUGCUUCUGAGCCAGGCUUGCAGGCAGCCUCUCAGCCGUCCGAGACUCCAGCCCAACAGGGUGUUGUUUUAGGACCACCUGCACCCCCGCCUCCCCCACCACUCCCACCAUGUCCUGCUCAGGCCUCAGCACUUCCUCCUCCCCCAGGACCUCCUCCACCACCUCCACUGCCAUCCUCCGGGCCUCCACCUCCCCCUCCUCCUCCCCCACUUCCUAAUCAAGUGCCCCCUCCUCCACCACCACCUCCUGCCCCUCCCCUCCCUGCAUCUGGAUUUUUCUCGGGAUCUGUGUCAGAAGACAAUCGUCCUUUAACUGGACUUGCAGCUGCAAUUGCUGGAGCAAAACUUAGGAAAGUGUCACGGAUGGAGGAUGCCUCUUUCCCAAGUGGAGGAAGUACCAUCAGCGUGAACUCAUCCAAAACAGAUACAAGUCGUGGAAAUGGACCACUUCCUUUAGGGGGUAGUGGUUUAAUGGAAGAAAUGAGUGCCCUGCUGGCCAGGAGGAGAAGAAUUGCUGAAAAGGGAUCAACAAUAGAAGCAGAACAAAAAGAGGACAAAAGUGAAGAUUCAGAGCCUGUAACUUCCAAGGCUUCUUCAACAAGCACACCUGAACCAACCAGAAAACCUUGGGAAAGGACAAAUACAAUGAAUGGUAGCAAGUCACCUGUUAUCUCCAGACGGGAUUCUCCAAGGAAAAAUCAGAUUGUUUUUGACAACAGGUCCUAUGAUUCAUUACACAGACCAAAAUCCACACCCUCGUCACAGCCCAGUGCCAAUGGAGUCCAGACAGAAGGACUCGACUAUGACAGACUGAAGCAGGACAUUUUAGAUGAAAUGAGAAAAGAAUUAACAAAGCUAAAAGAAGAGCUCAUUGAUGCAAUCAGGCAGGAACUGAGCAAGUCAAAUACUGCAUAGAGAAGCAAACUAAGGAGAGAUACAGAACUUUUUAAUCUGGAGAGAAAAAGAAAAAUUUCCUAGAAUCCCCCUACUUUUCCCUCCCCCUCCCCCCAACCCCACAAUGAUUUUAUGAGCUAUAAGAAGAAAAUGGAGACAACCAGUCAGAAGGAGGGAGAAACCGACAUCCUCUUGAAAGCCUUCAGAUAUUAUGACUCUGGCGAUCAGUUAUUUCCCUCCCAGUUUGCUGCUUUUUUCUGACCUUUACCACAGGACGGAAGAGAGUCGUAUAUGAGUUCCUGUUAACGGUUAUGCAGAAAAUACUAAGCUCGUCAGGCAAGAUCACCAUGCAUUGAAAUAUUUUCAUGUUGAGAUAAAACUGCACAUUUUCCACAAUCCAUUGCUAAAAUAAAGAAGAGAAAGGCUUAUGAAGUUUUUUUUCGCCCCCUAGAGAGUGCUGAUGAAGAAUUUAGCAAGUUCUGCUAUUGUAUUGUAAAUGUUUCUCAGGUUUGUCUUCCUAUCAUAUUUGAUAUUCCAUGAAUAAUGAGAUCAGCCCUGUGUAGGUUAAGAUCAUAAACUGGAACAAAUGAAAUUAUAUUUGCUUUCAAAGGGUGAUAUUUGUCAGAAAGUGUCCUAAAAAUGAUUGGUACAGCUUGAGGAAUUUUAGAAUGAUAGGAAGUCUCUCAAGUUAGCCUUCAUGCAAUUUUGUAGUUUAAAACAUAAAAUUCAUCCAGAAUUUAAAGAUUUAGAUGCCUUCCUAAAUUGUUACAAUGCUUUACCAAAUCUAUGACUUCUACAUAACACAAACCAGUGGUCAAAUGUAAAACAAUAUACUGUAGAUUUACUGUAGGUUUUCAACCUUUUUUAGAUUUAUGCAUGUGGACAUUUUUAUAAUGUACUUACAGUCACCACAAUGUUAGCUUUUUUAAUUGCAAACAGUAAUGCAUGUCACAUUAAUAUGUAGUGGCCUUUUCAAGGCUGAGUCCCAGGGAAAACAUUUUGUAGAAUAUAGGGAAAUGGGAGGAAGGGAAGGAAUAAUUUUUUAUUUGAAGUUAAUUUCUGCACUAUCUUUUUUCUCAAUUACCUGCAUGAAUAAUAAUGAGGAAUAUUUUGUGACUUUAAUUGGUAAAUAUGUUAACAAAACCAAGUACUUAACCUUUUACAUCAUGUCUUCAGCUAUUUGUAUUUUAACCGGUAAUUUCAAUGGUCUGAAACAUGAUACUGAGUUUCACAUUAAUUAAAUCUUAUUGUGGAACUCAAAGAGUUUGAUCACUGAAUUUGGCAGUUAUUAAUACCUAGGUACCCCUGCAGUGAUACAGGUGUUCAGGUACAUGAUCCUGAUGAUGCAGCUGCCUUUGAAUUUUGUUAUGUUGAAAUACAAGAAAUAACAAUGAUGGCAGCAAUUAAGGUCACAGAAACCAUUAGCUAAAGGGAAACCAUUGAAGAGUUCUGCAGUUUUCUUUUUUAACAAAGUGAGACUUCGGUGGUGGGAAGGAGUAAGAUACUUUAUUAUCACCCUGUGUUGGGUGUGGGUGGGUGUGCGCUUGCGUGCAGUGUGUGUGUGUGAUCCACUCCCUUCUCUUUGAAACUGGUAAGAUUAAAAUAGGGCAGAAAUCCUAUAUGUUACAGUUACAGAUUUCUGGAAAAUUUAGGAAAUCAACCAUUCUCCAGGCUCUCCAUCUUAUGCUUGAGUUGUUAUGUGCCAUAAUUGCUUUGAAUUCUCUUAUAAUCAAAUCUUACACUAAAAUUCGGAAGAAAUAAUCCACCUUCAUCUGCUUUCUAGAUUUUGUACAUCUCAGUUCUAAGACAAAGCUUAUUGAUAGCAUAAUUUUCUACACUCUGCAGAUUUGCAGUUGUUACCACUACAAAAAAGUUUGAGGGAAUUUUUUUCCUUGUUAAAAUAGUUUCUAUUUCUGUAGAAACUUCAUUUUUAGAUUAAAUUGUGAUGGGUGAGCUAUCAUAAUUCAAGAGUAAACAGGUCUUUUUUCUAUCAAGUAUUCAUUGUCAUGUGAUAGUAGUAAAGGCAUUAAAGAUGCAGCAAGCUUAUAAAUUACUAUUCUCUAAAGGAAAUAGGAGGCAUUUUCAUCUUUAUUAUUGUUCUUUUAGACACUUUGAUAAUAUAAAUGUUUAUGUCCCCUAUUAAAUCUGGUCAGAAAUCACUUUUGAUUUUGUUGGGUAAGUUAAAUAGUCUAUAGUGGGUAGAGUACUGAGUACAAGUGGUCCAAAGUAAGAUUAAAAAACUAAAAUAAAAUGCUAAAUCUUAAAAGAAACUGGUUUAUGCACUAAACGUUUUGUGCCUUGGUCUAAUAUUAACAUGAUGUCUGUGUAAAAUGACAAAAAAGAACCAGUGUUGAAUCAUGCUAUAUUCUCCAUCAUUGUGCAUUAUCCCAGACUGCUAAAUGUGUUCCUUCCAAGACGUUUGAACUACUCUACACUUUUGCUGUCAUAUAUGACAGUCCUGUUGUUGUUAGAGAUUUCAGUAAUUAAAAUGGGAAACAGAAGCUUAAGGUAUUUCCCUAAUCAAAACUAUGUCCUUGGAACCACAUUGUUAUGAUGGGUUUUGUGCUCUUAUACAUUGGAUGUCUUAAGCUGAGUACAGUUUAGGGAUCCCUUCUAAUUACAGGAAGGUACUGCUUUCCUCAACACUGUGAUCUGACCUGUGACAAAUCUGUACUAUACACUAUGUAAAUGGCUAACAAGUCAAUUGCAAACAAACUGAAUGUACAAAUCUUAGUGCUGGUGCUGAAAUCUCUUCAGAAUAGUCAUCAUGAUUUAAAAGUUUGUUUAAAAAUUUGCAAGCAUCAAUGUCAAUCAAAACUGAAGAUGAAACACUAAUGAAUGUUGAUUUUUCAUGCUCUAGGUGUACUUCCUUUUUAGAUUUUUUUCAGUUCUCUGCUGUUUUUACCAUAACUGUUUCAUUUAAAUUUCCUACGUGCUAACUUCAUUUUGUGCGAUUGAAAUAAAAUUGCAGUACAUACAUGUUGCUCGUUUGUGACAGUUAGAUGAUCUUCUGAAAUAAUUUGUUAGUUCUAAAAUAUAAGUUACCCUGAAUGUAAAAAAGAAAAAAAAAAACCCCUAAGAGUCCAAGAUUUCACUACUUAAAGUUUACAUAUCACUAUUUCUGUAUGUUAUUGUUGUUUGAAGAUUUCAUAAAAGUCAGAAAUACUAAAUAAUGAAUACAAAGGGAAUGUAUGACAAUGUAUUUACUUUUUGUUUGAAAUAACUGUUGGGUGUCCCCAUUUGUCUUAUUUUCUCAGUACAAUUUGACACAGUGUCACAGUUGAGGUUAUAAAUGUUUGGUUCUACUCCAUGUUCAACAUUGUGGGCAGAUACUUUGAUUCAUUUGUACAUUAAAAUUUUUUCUUUGUGUCAUUUGCAAGUUAAAAGACAUUGGUAAAGGGCAUUAUUAAGUAAUUUUAAAUGUAGUAAAAUCUAUAUCUGUAUUGUUUAUUCUAUAUGCUGGUUUCUCAAACUAGUUUUACAUAUAUAACCAGCAGUAAUUUUGUCUAUUAUAAUAAGUAUUAAUUUUGAGUUCCAUUUUAAAAUUAUGUCUUCACUAGAAAGUUGCCCUUUUAUCAGACCCCAGUCGUUUCCCACCUUCCCCCCACGCCCCUGAUAUCUUCUCCUCUUUUGUGGACUGCACGUUCCUAUUAUUCAUUUACAUUUGUAAUCAUUAGGGAGCCCACUGUUUUAAAAAUACCAUUUUUCUCUCGGUCCCAUCUCAAGUUUGUGCUUCUUUUUGUGUAAGAAUGUUCUCUAUAAACUAAAUUAACUUUACAUUCAAAAAUUAAGCAACACAUGCUAACCUUUUAAAUUUGCCUAGUUGCAGUUUUUUGUCUCCUAAGUUUUAUAUAUAACAGUGCCAUUGGGAAGAAUUGGCCUUUCUAUGAAACACGGUUUACAAAGGUUUGCUAAAGGAGCUCUUUAAUUCAUUCUACGGCUAUCAUAACUUUAUAGCCUCAUUACCCUUAAAUUCUACUAUGUGCUGUCCUAAUUCCUUUGUGCAGCUAUUAAAAAAAAAAAAAGAAAGAAAAACAAAUUCACUUUACAAAAGAAAUUUACUCCAGCAUUGACUUCCAAAGUCAAAAUCUGAUCCUAGUUGUACCAUUUUGUUUUUAAUAGAUUAGUUAGUAUCUGUGCAUCCCCCUAAAGCUCUGAGAAAUGAGAAAAGGAUCCUAAAAGUAUAUUGAAAUUACUGAUAUUUAAUACCUCUGACUCUUCACCGAAGCCAUUUAUUAUUUAUAAGUUAGACAUGUUUGAUGUCAAAACUUGAUAUAUUUAUAAGAAAUCUCUGUGACUAAGUGAACAAAAAUUUUCUAGGUUCCUUUGAUUGCAUAAAGACAGAGGACAUUUACUUUUAAGAAGUUUUUUUUUUUUUUUUUUUGAUUAAGAGGCUCAACCUCUCAGGAAAAGCCAUUUAUUUAAGCCAAGCAUUGUGUGUAGUCUGUAAUGCAAAUUUUGUUUACUCCCUGUGAUCUCAUAAUUUUUGAGAUGUAAAGAGAUUUUUUUUUUAAUACAGCAUUGGAAAAAAUAAAAGCUCCAAAUUUUAUAGUAUAAAAUUGACUUAAAAAAAAAAAGAAAGCAAAGAUUCUGCAGUAAAUCUAGUUUGGUAAUAGUCACCAUCAGUGGAACACUAAAGGUCAAGCCUCGAAAGAGGAAAAAUGAGCCCUUUGGAAAUAGAAAAUUUGAAAACUGCUGAAAUAUGAACUAUGUAAACUUACAUGUCUUCCUAAAUCAUUUACAAGUAACAGACAUUGUGAAAGGGUAAUAAAAUGACUGGGUCAUGAUGACUUAGCUAGUUUUAAGAA